AUGGCAGGUGAAUCUGAACUCUUGAGAAGCAGCAAGUCUUGCAGAGCGCCCGCCCCGGUGCCCGCCGCCUCCAAAGCCAUCGCCUGCCAAGAGAUCACGGUGCCCAUGUGCAAAGGCAUCGGCUACAACCUGACCUAUAUGCCCAACCAGUUCAACCACGACACGCAAGACGAAGCCGGGCUGGAGGUGCAUCAGUUCUGGCCCCUGGUGGAGAUUCAGUGCUCUCCCGACCUGAAGUUUUUCCUCUGCAGCAUGUACACCCCCAUCUGCUUGCUGGACUACUCCAAGCCCCUGCCGCCCUGCCGGUCGGUGUGCGAGAGGGCCAAGGCCGGCUGCUCCCCUCUGAUGAGGCAGUACGGUUUUGCCUGGCCCGAGAGGAUGAACUGCGACAAGCUGCCAGUCCUGGGCGACGCGGAGAUGCUGUGCAUGGAUUACAACCGGACGGAGGCCACCACCUUGCCCCCGUCCUUUACCAAACCCAUGCGCGCUGUCAAAGGGACCCGCAAAAACCUCACCCCCUUGGACGGCGGGGACUGCAAGAGGGUGUGCGAGUGCAAAGAGCCCUUGGUUUUCAUCUCCAAAGAAACCCACCCUCUGUACAACAAGAUUGAGACGGGCCACGUACGCAACUGCGCCAUCCCUUGCUUCCAGCCCUAUUUCACCCAAGACGAGAAGACUUUUGCCACCUUCUGGAUCGGUCUGUGGUCGGUCCUCUGUUUCAUCUCCACCUUCACCACCGUGGCCACCUUCCUCAUCGACAUGGAGAGGUUCCGAUACCCGGAACGCCCCAUCAUCUUCUUGUCUGCCUGUUAUCUCUUUGUCUCCAUUGGCUACAUCAUCCGGCUGGUCGUGGGCCAUGCCAGUGUGGCCUGCAACAAAGAUUACAACCACAUCCACUACGAGACCACGGGGCCUGCCCUCUGCACUGUGGUUUUCCUCCUGAUCUACUUCUUUGGCAUGGCCAGCUCCAUCUGGUGGGUGAUCUUGUCUCUCACCUGGUUCCUGGCUGCUGGGAUGAAGUGGGGGAACGAGGCCAUUGCCAGCUAUUCCCAGUAUUUCCACAUGGCUGCCUGGCUUAUCCCAAGCAUCAAGUCCAUUGCUGUGCUGGCCCUGAGCUCAGUGGACGGGGAUCCCGUGGCCGGCAUCUGCUACGUGGGCAACCAGAACUUAGACAAACUCCGGGGUUUUGUUUUGGCUCCCUUAGUAGUGUAUCUUUUCACAGGGACCAUGUUUCUGCUGGCUGGUUUCGUGUCCCUCUUCAGGAUACGUAGCGUCAUUAAACAAGGAGGCACCAAAACUGACAAGCUGGAGAAGCUGAUGAUCCGCAUAGGCAUCUUCACAGUCCUUUACACCGUCCCUGCCACCAUUGUGGUGGCCUGCUACAUCUACGAGCAGCAUUACCGGGAGAGGUGGGAGACGGCUCAGAACUGCUCUUGCCCCGGGGAGAAGCGCAAGCUGAAGCCUGACUAUGCCGUCUUCAUGUUGAAGUAUUUCAUGUGUCUGGUGGUGGGGAUCACCUCGGGGGUCUGGAUUUGGUCGGGCAAGACUCUGGAGUCUUGGAAGCGGUUCACGGGGAGAUGCUGCAGGAGCGGGAAGCCUGUGAGCACCACCAUGUACAGCGAAGCGAACACGGCUCUGACAGCCCGGACCGGACUGCCCAGUUCCGCUUCCUACCACAAACAAGUCCCUUUGUCCCAUGUAUAACAAAGCACCUUUUGCUCAGUCACCCCGUUGAGAGUAAGAAAGCAUGGCACAGCUCCACUCCCGACUGGAAAAGUUCUGGGAACCAUCCUGGAGCUUUCAGCUUCCUUGUCAUGGAACUCUGGGCUUCAUCUCAGAGUUUGAAAAGAGGGUUGGCUGUAUGGGGAAUAGGGAGGAGACCCAGUUUUCAGAUUCGCAGUCUUUACAAAUAGGACCCUCUGCACCCUUGGGCCUGCUUGCAUCCUUCCUUGAGAAUGCAGGAGGAAGGACUGCUUAAGGCCAGGCUGCACGUGGCAGGAGAGAUCCCUCUGGGCUGUGUUUUGGCUUCCCCUUCUUAAAAUGAAAAGCAGCCCUUGGAGUUUGCAGUUCUGACUAGAGGAGAGGGAGGGGGAGGGGGUGCCUAGCUGCCCUCCCUCCUUUUUCUUUAGUCUCUCAAAAUGGUGCCCCAGUUCCCCAUCAUUUUCUCACACUGGUGGAGAGCAGGUGAGGAUUGGCAAGUUUGAGCUGGCAAAUGGAAGAAGAAGAAGAAGAGAUCAGAGUUUGGAAAAGUGACUUAUCUGAGGGAUUCUGGGAGCUGUAGUCCAAUAAGUAACCUUUCCAAGCUCUGAUGGAGGAUUAAACAAGCCCUCCGCCCUUUUCAGGAUACAUAACAGAGCAAUCAUGGACAUGCCUAGUCAGAAGUGAGUCCUGCUGAGUUUAGCAGAACUAAAGUCCCAGGUGAGUCGGUUUUGAAUUGCAGCAUUUCAUGUUCCAGGUACUACCUAGCUUGGCUCUUCAGAUGCAUCCACUGUUUCGUUGGAGAACUAAUUGCUUAAGUCUGGGAGAUGAACUGUGGCACACAUAUUUUGUUCACUGCUUUUCGGCAGCAGUGUUUCAUUCUUGUCUGUAUCCAUAAUGCCCAUGCGCUGGAAGAUUAAAAUGUAAAGAAGGAGCAGUUCUAAAGAAGGCAGUUCUGCAUUUGAAAUGAGUGGGUUGUGGAGUUAAGAUCAAGCAGAGUCCAAAUUCCAGUUUUAUUUUUGGAUGGCAUAAAGUCUACCAUCAUCAGUUUUUAUACGUGCCUUGGCCAAACUGAAUACCAGGCAGCCUCGUAAAGAUGCAGGGUGUGAGUGCUAAUUCCUCUCCUGUGCUGUUUCAAGGGAUAGGCUGGGAAUGAAAGGAGGAAGGGCCAGAGAGGGGGAAAGUUACUUUUUGGGACUCAAAUUCCCAGCUGCCAGGAUUCCCCAGAUAGUAUGGCAGUAGCCAACUUUCCAGUUUUGAUGGCGAGACUUGCGCAGGGUCUUGUCAGAUACAGAAGCUGCACUCGCGGCCUUCGUGUCUAAUUUCUCACUUUUGCAAAUGGAACUGCGCGUUUAGAGUUCUUAUUUGAAUGGGCUGCUUUUAUACACACUAAUAAUUAUCUAUCUCUUUCCUGUCCCAUCUGAAUUGAGCCUUCCCACUCACCAGCUACUGCUUUUGGGGAGUGCAACUCCUGGGGAUACUGGGAGUUGUAGUCCAAAAAAUAAACCCUUAAUUCUUCUGCUAACAAAAACCAUAAAUAUGGGACAUGAGAGCACAUGCCUUGAAUGAGAACGAACCCUGCAAAAUAAGCCGCCUUGCGAGUACUUUUCAAUUGGCAUAUAUAGGGUUAUGCUGUUAGUCUUGCAAAACAAAGAACAGGUUUUUACAAACUCCAUGUGGAAGCCAGUUCCCUGUGGAACCCAAACGGUACCAGGUGUGACUUCAGCAGGUCGCUCUCUGCUUUGGCAGGCGAUCAGCCUGAUCCUGCGCAAGGUUAUUCAAAAGUAUGUCUUGCUGAGUGUAACUGGGACUUACUGACACAGAAGCAUGCCUAGGGUUGCAGCCUUGAACAGCGCUGGACAUGUCUUGAUUCCCUAACGCACCAUUUCCUCCUUUUUCUUUUUUCUGUUUACUCUUCUGUCUGCCGUUUGUUGGAACAAUGGUACUUUGGUGCCAAGUUUUACAGUUUGGCUCUUGUUUCUGACAGGAACAGAGUGGAGCCCUCUUUUUUUUUCGUGGUGGUGGUGGGGAGCCUUCUCCACUCUUAGAAAAUGAGGCUUUGUUGCUACUACAGUCUUGAGCUAGUUGUGUGAAACCGUUGCUGCUGUUCUAGUUAGUCACCACCCAAACAAAGAAGGAAAAAGAGGUCAAAAAAUCUGGUUGCUGAAUGAAAGAAAACGGAUUCACUACAUCCGUGUAGCACUUGCACUUUAGAGAUGCGCCUCCUUCACAAGGUGGCAAGACAGAAACCUCAACCCCACUCUGAGAUGAGACAGAGGAUCCUGCUGGUGAUCUGCCUGUGUAGGAUCUCUCAUGGCUAGGCUAAUUCCAACUCCAACCCAGGCUCCUGAAGGCGGUGGCAUUCCCAAAUGCAGCGCCUUCACGUAAACAGUUAAUCAUUCUUCUCACAUUGAGCACUGGCCUCUCCAUCCCUUUUGUUUAAGUCAUGGUAGCAAGAACCAUCAAUAGCUUUCUGUUUCCAAAUAUUGGCCAGCGUGUUUUUAGGUUGUGAAGCGACGGCCUCCAGCACCUUCGAAAUGGAGUGGUCCUCCCCUCUCUCUCCCACCACCCCGCCAGCCAAACAUGGGAGAAGUUACUUCUCUGGGACUCCUGCCCUUGGGGAGUUUCUGGGAACAGGAGUCCAGAACAAAAUAUUCCUAAGCUCUUAUUUUUAAUUCAUUUCUCUGCUUUAUACCCCACCUUUCCUGGCAGCAGUUUUUCCAGCUCACCCUUCCCUGCCCACUGCCACUAUCCUAGAACAAUGCUCAGUAUGGCACUACAUCACCUGGUGGCAACAAGGGGUUUCCUUACUCUUCCAGUGCAGAGUGUGUGCCAUUUAAUUCUACAUGGAGAAAGUUUGCCUGUGUUAUCUGCUGCAUCUGCUUUGCAAAAGAAGAUGGGAAUCUUUUCCAACUGUGUACGCCAAGGGGCAGCUCUCCCAUGGGAGAGAGGCUGGUUUGAGAAUGGCCCAGCCUCUUUGGCUUCCUUGUGUGUAUCUGGAGGGUGGGGUGGGCAGACCCGUAUACCCACUUGGGUACCAUGUGGAGACUGCUUUUUCUCCCCCCUUCCCCCACCAACUAGUCUUGCCAUUGGAAGGAAUUUGCUGUGACCCAGGAAAAGCAGAGGGUUGCGUUCUUAUGGGCUAGUUCACUAGUUUCUGUGCUGAUGGCUCGCUAUCAUCUGCAAUCAUCAGGGCAUAAAGAUGAUAUACAGGAGAAACUUUGUUAUUGCUUCCCAUGCUAUGUUUUUCACUGUAGCUGAUUUCUCCAUUUACACGGGAAAGUCAAAUAUAUCCUUAAUUCAAAAUCAUCCAAGACCAAGAGCGACUGGAUCUGCAGUUCUACAAAUGCUUCCCUGGUAGUAUGUUCUGUUGAAUUCAGUGGAAUAUACUUCUGGACUUUGGUAAAAAGGCUUGCCUGUGCUUCAUUUUACACCUAGAAUACUUGAGAAAGAGAAAGACAGCAUCUUUCUCUGCAGUUGCCGGUGCAUUUCUGUUGACAAGAUAAUCUUUUCUUUCUUUCUUUUCCUGUUUGCUUUCUGACUGCUUCCACUGUGCACUUUAAAGGUUGCAACCAAACCUUUCCAGGAUCUCCAUCCAUACCUCACUGGUAGCAUCUUGCUUAAGUGUCGCUGUAGAGAGGUGUAUCUGAGCUACGUAGUUGUAUCACUUUGAUGCUGUGUUUACUAAAGAGUCCUGGUGUUUUGAGUUUGGCAUGAAAUUCUCUUCUGGAGCGUUCCUGGUUCUGUAGUUCAAGGGAGUGUUUAAAUGCCCCACCAGUCUACCUGUCUGAGGCUUCUGUCUGGUAGAGCGAUGGCCUUUACGGCGGUAUGAAACGGCUAGUCCCGCCAUUGGAAUAUUUCUCCAGCAUUCUCCCCCUGGGUUCAAUUUGGGUUACUGAAUCCAGGAGGAAGAGGGAACAUUUGUGACAGCCUCUUGCAUUAGCUCAGGGCCAUGUGGCAGCACGGCUCUUUCCUGUAACACAGGGUGAGCACGGAUUGGAGGUCCUGCCCAGAUGACACAAGAAUCCAGUCUUUGUCUGACUCCAGGGGUCCCACAUCUGCUGCUGCUGCUAGCUGGGCUUAGCGAAAGAGUGUGCAGCUCGGAAAGGUCACAUCUAGUCCCUGGAGCAGAUGACCGUUAGCCCUGGUAGUGUCAAAUGUUAAACACACACAUGGCGCAGAGGGAGGAUAAAGGCAAGGCUGAAAGCAUCAUACAGGUGAUAUUUUGGCCUGUACAGAGCUGUGCUCCCCCGUUCUGCCUGAUGUCAUAAAAGGCAAGCAAAAGUGCACUGGCAGAACUUCAGAAGCAUUUCCCAAAGUUUCUAUGGGUUGUUCAUUUUUGCACAUUAAAACUGUGACAACACA